AUGGGCAACUUCACGAGACGGAAUGAAGGAAACGAUAGCUAUAUCAUCAACCAACAGAUGACUGUUCCUGGAAGUUACAGCCAUACAGGCGGUCAUGAGUUCAACACGACAGGAUCUGGCUCAUAUCAUUUCCCCCAGCAUUCGUUUACCCCUUAUGGAUCUCAAUUUGCCCCCUCCUAUGGGCAACAAUCUGGCCUCUCUGCUGGCAUACAGCAUUUGCAGUAUCCGGAUCACACCAUUCCUUCAAUGCCCCCCUCUGAUGAUAUGAGGCUGCACAGUUCGUCUUCACAAUACAUGCCAGAGCCACGAUACCUGCCUACCAGAUACUUGCCCCUUCGGGAGGCUCUCAGUGAGACGGAGAUUGAGGAUCAAGGAUCUCAUAACGAGGGUACCAUGCUGUCAGAAGCUGUCGUUCCUCCAUUGGAUGGGUUCCCGGAUGUCAAAGAAUUUGACCAAUUGAUGCAGAGUUACGUCAAUGAAUUGUCGGUGAAGAAACAGGACAAGGCGUUAAUUCAUGCCAAAAGGGCGCGAAACAUCAAGAACGUGCUAAUGGAACCGAAAGAUACGGCGAUUGAAUCCGCUCAGUUUCGCUUCUGGGUUAAAAAGAUGUUCAAACUCCAAAGUGCCGGGAUCGGAACCGCCGAUUGUCGCAAGAUGAUCUGCCAUGAGGGGAAGCCCGUCGCCAUCCGCGAGAAACUUUUCAAAAUCCUGACGCAGGCGCACAAGCAAUGCCAACAUGGUGGACGGGAUAAGACCUCUGCUCAAGUCCGACGCAUCUACUCCUGGGUUCCAAAGGAACUGAUCUCUCGCUUCGUGAAGAUCUGUCCAACAUGUCAAGUGCGUCGUGGGGGAUCUCGUCUCACACCCCCCAGUUCUCGGCGAAGCUCCCCCCGCCUAGAUCGGGUGUCCCGAUCUCCGAAACUGCCUUCACCCCCGAUCUCAAGACGGGAAUCAACGUUUGGGCAAGUAUCCAUUGACCGGGCCCAGUCUGACUACUUUGGCCAGUUGCAUGGUCAUGGGUGGAUUGAGAAUCACCAAAGUUUACAGGGCCGGUCCACCUUGAGCCCUGGGAUCCGGCCAGCCCAUGGAUCUAUGGGCAGUCUCACCCACUCGAUGACAGGAUCAUUAGACCAUUUCGGUGAUAUUUCCGUACCGGGCUCGCAACUCAGCUACACCGCCGGAUAUGGUCCAUCCUAUGGUCCGCCUCCUCAGCGUGAGUACUGA